AUGAGUGUUAAUAUAAUAGAUAAGAAAAAGAUAGUUGAUCAGGUGAUUGGCAUGUUCCCAUUGCUUCAAAGAGACCAUUUCCUAUACUCUACGAUGGAUCGUUACAAUUGGGACAUUAACAUGGCCGUUGACAUUCUACAAAAGCGUCAUGUGACACUAGAGAAUGAACAAAAGCAGUUGGAAAAGAAGAUAGAGAUUGAAAAGGAGGCACGCAAAAAGGAAGAGGACGCCAAAAAGCGAGAGCGCAAGCUGGUCGAGGAGCUGAGAGAGGUGUUUGGUGACUCGUUCAAGGACGAACACUACACCAAGAUCCUCCGCGACUUUGGUCAAAACAGCGAGAAUGCCAUGAACUACUUCCUCAGAGAACUAGAAUUGCGCAACAAAAAGUCGGUGGAAGAGGAACGUCUCCAAAAGAUCCGUGAUGAAGGUAUCAAGCAAGAGGCCGAGAUCCGUCGUCGUGCCGACGAACAACGUAAAGCUCUAGAGGAAGAGAAGAUUCUCAAGGGCAAGCGUGAAGAGGAGCUCAACUCAUACCUCGCCACACAAGCCCGCGAACAAGAGCGUCAACGUGCCAUCCUCGCCGAAGCCAACGAACGUGAUGCCCGUGCACGUGCCCUCGAGGAAGAGAAAAAGAACCUCGAAAUCAUGCUAGAGGAGCAACGCGUCCGUCUCGACCAACUAAUGGAAAAGAAGCAACUCGACGAACAACUCAAGAAAGAGUAUGCUGCUCGUAUCAACGGACUCUUUUUAGAGUUGACUGCCAAGGAUGAACAACAAAAAAAGGAAAUUGCAAACUCUGCUCAAUUCCAAGACCUCCUUAAAGAUUUUAGUAAAUAUGUUAAUGUUUCAAAUAUUGUUCAACCACAACCACAACCACAGCCACAACCACAACCACAACAACACUACUUGAUUCAAAGAGAACUUGAUCGUCAAGAACAAAAUAGAAAAAUCCAACAAAGUCUUGAACAAAUACGUCAACAACAUCUACAACAUCAACAACCACAACAACCACAACAACAACAAUCUUAUUUGAUUCAACAACAACAACCACAACAACAAGCUACCAACAACUCUAAUAAUGUUGUUAAUCCAUAUGGUCAAAUUACAUCACACCCAUUUUACACUAAUCCAUUAAGUGCAUAUAAUCCAUUUACUAAUCCACCACCACAACAACAACAACAACAACAACCACAACAACAACAACAAUCAGUAUUUGCUCAACAACCAACAGCUCCACCACCAGCCUAUUCACCACAAUCACAAUAUCAAUACAUUCAACCAAUUGUUGGAUCAUCUGUUCAACCACCAAAGCCACUCGUCAAUGAAGGCAAGCCACAAGGCCCACCAGCAGCAGGUCUCUUUUACACUGGUGCUACUUACAUUCAACCAAUCCCAUCCUCUCCAACUGAUCCUUUAUUACCAAAAGGUGGUUUUAAUAAUUAA